AUGGCUGACUCCCACGCCGUUGCCACCAGUCUGGUCGUCGAGGAGAUCUCCCGGCUGGUGUUUGCCAAUGUCACCCGGCGCCUUGUCCCGCCGUUGGCAUCGAAGUUCCUCCGAAACUUCACCCUUGCGCCACCAGCCAUCUCAACACCGGCGCCACCGGCCCCAUCGACACCAUCAGUUCCACCGGCCAAAGCCCCGUCCGGCCCGACGCAAAUCGCUAUCUUGGGAGUCGAGCCACCGCGGCCGAGUUUCUGA